UGAUAUGCACGUAAGCAGUCACCUGCGGUAACCUCAGUUAAAAACUCCUAUUAGAUUCGCACGACCUGAGAAGAUCUCGUCUCAUUCGCACGGGAAUUGAAACGAGAAUGUCGAGUCCAAGUACGAAUUCAGCCUUGACCAGCAACGUCAUCGCGAGAGUCAAUAUAAAAAAAAGAGAAUCAAGCGGUACUCGCGACGGGCGCGCAUGCGUUUAUAUGUAAGUGCAGAGGCUAGAAGUCCGACUCGUUAGGAAAGGAAAGUGAGUGCGCAGACUCGGCGGCGAUCGAAGGCGGCCGCUAUAUCGCUGCUGCUACUGUUACUACUGCCGCAACUACCACUACAACUGCAAUAGCGGCCAAACGGACGUAGUCGGAGACCGGAGUGGUAGUUGUGCUUCGACCAGUCGCCCGGAGAAGUGCCGAGGAGCGCAGGAGACGACGACAGAACGCGCGCGCGUCGCGUCUUCUAUCCUUCGUCGUGGUGUGUCUGUGCGCCCCCUCCGUCUCACGACUCCUCGACGUUCCUGGCCCGCCGCGCGCUUAGCUCUACUUCCUCGCUAACGUACAGUGUUCCGUCGCCAGCUCCCCGCCGGUACGUGCUAACCAUCAUUAAAAGAGGAAUAGAGAGGAGAGGAAUAAACAGAGGCGAACUCAUCAUAGGCAGUAUGGCGGGACAGACGAUAAACGACAGAUUACUGGCUGCGAGGCACAGCCUAGCCGGUCAGGGCCUCGCCAAGUCCGUAUGCAAGGCCACCACCGAGGAGAUGAUUGCACCUAAAAAGAAGCAUUUGGAUUAUCUCAUUCAUUGCACGAAUGAACCGAACGUGUCGAUUCCACAAUUAGCAAAUUUGUUGAUCGAACGAUCUCAAAAUACAAACUGGACAGUUGUGUUUAAAGCGCUUAUUACAGUACAUCACAUGAUGUGUUACGGAAAUGAAAGGUUUACGCAGUAUCUCGCAUCCAGCAAUAGUACAUUUCAACUCAGUAAUUUUCUCGAUAAAAGUGGUGUGCAAGUGGGCGCAGCAGGAGCACGCGUGGGAUACGACAUGUCGCCAUUCAUCAGGAGGUACGCAAAAUACUUAAACGAAAAGGCUCUUUCUUAUAGGACUGUUGCUUUUGAUUUCUGCAAAGUGAAAAGGGGGAAGGAUGAUGGAACACUACGGACAAUGAACGCGGAGAAAUUACUGAAGACGCUGCCGGUAUUACAAGCACAGCUUGACUCAUUGCUCGAAUUUGACUGCUCAGCCAAUGAUCUUACGAACGGAGUCAUCAGUAUGGCAUUUAUGCUACUGUUCCGAGAUCUCAUUCGGUUAUUUGCUUGUUAUAACGACGGUAUCAUCAAUCUCUUAGAAAAAUACUUCGAUAUGAAUAAGAAACAAUGUAGAGACGCUUUGGACUUGUAUAAAAAAUUUCUUAUAAGAAUGGAUAGAGUAGGAGAAUUUUUAAAAGUUGCAGAGAAUGUAGGUAUAGACAAAGGUGAGCUUCCAGAUCUUACAAAGGCUCCCAGUAGUUUGCUAGACGCAUUGGAACAACAUCUUGCUUCGUUGGAGGGUAGAAAAGGCUCGGCGGCCAAUACACCGACUCAAUCGGCAAGCACUGCCUUCGGGACAGCAGCAAGUAAUCAACGCCUGGAGAAUACCGGCAAUGGACACAUAGACGAAGCACUUAGGCAGCAGGCCCUCGCCGAGGAGGAAGCCGUCAUGAAUCAAUAUAAGGCCAAGGUACAAUCUCCGACGGGUGGACCUAGCACGAAUCCAUUUCUCAGUUCUCCGACCAACAAUGUCAAUCAGCCAAUCGUUGAUCUUUUCGGCGGAGCAUCAACUACAGAUAGUCAGAAAGCAUCGGACGAUCUGUUGCAACUAGCAGGGAAUCCUUUUGCGGACAUGUUUGGAGGAUCGCAACCUACCGCAGCACCACCGACAUCGGUACAGAAUAAUAUGUGGAUGACUAAUGGUAAUGGUUUUGCUGUGGCACCAUCAGCAACUAAUAAUUUUGUUACAGAUAAUAACUUCUCCUCCGUCUUUGGCAAUCAAGAUCAACAGUCGGCUGCUGUCCCAGGAGCCGACAUACCGAAUCCCUUUGCUCCUGAAUUCCCAUCCUCGGGCUCCCAAGCGACGGACGGCCAAUUGCAACAGGGUGCGGGAGACCUGUUCAGUGCUACGAGCGGUCAGACUGGCGACAUAUUUGGGCCCGACGGGGUAGUGGUACAUGCUUCUGGGGAGUCUGGUGUCGGGGAACCCGGCGACCAGCACCUGAGCAAGUCCACUGCCGCGCCGCCACCCAGACCGCCACCCCCGGGUGCUCAGGGGACGCCACGCUCCGGUUCGCCCGCUCAGGCCGGCAAGAGCGCUUUCGACGAUCUCAACGACAGCAUCAGAAUGGCACUGGGUGGGUCUCCUUCGCGCCCUGCUCCCAUCACCCAGCAGGCCCAGCUUCAACAGCAGCAGCAGCAGCAACAACAACAACAGCAGCAGCAGCAGCAGCAGCAGCAACAGCAACAGCAACCCCCAGCCACUGGGAAGGUCCUUACUGGUGAUCUCGAUAGCAGCCUUGCCAGUUUAGCUCAAAACCUCAGCAUUAAUAAAAGCGCCCAGCAGCAAGUCAAGGGUAUGCAGUGGAACUCUCCGAAAAAUAGUGCUAAAACCGGUGGGACUGCAGGCUGGACGCCUCAACCUAUGGCAGCUACAACUGGUGCUGGUUAUCGUCCAAUGGGCCAAGGAAUGACGCAACUUCCUUCGACCACUACUAUGGGUUUCCCUCCCCAACCUACACCGCUGGGUAUGCAAGGUAUGCCAAUGGGCAUGCAGGGCAUGCAGGGCGUGAGACCGAUGAUGGGCGCGGCAGCUGCGCCCGGGGGUAUGAUGAUGCCCGGGGCGCCGGUGACCGCCGGUGGACAGCCGGCCGCCCCCAUGAUGGCCGGGGUGCCGAUACAGCAGCAGCCGCAGCCCCAGCAGCCGCCCCAGGGCAACCAGGUGCAGCUCGACCCAUUCGGUGCACUGUGAGCUGCCUAGGAAUUUAAUUGGAAAUAAGGAAGAGUCGAAGCACCAA